AUGUGGAGGGAGAGAGCUUGUGUUGUGGAGGUCGAGGUUGACGGUGUCAAGGAGGAUAAUGUUGUGAAAAGGGGGCUGAGGAGAGUCGAGAAAGUGGAUGGGGGCUUGACCAGGAAGAGAUGGGAGGCCAAAAACAGCGAGAAGAACUUGAAGCAGUUCUCCCCAAGCCAGCAGAGAAUCCACGAGAACGAAUACGGUGUCGAGGCCGAGGACCUCACGGUCAACAAGGUCUUAACCGACUUCAAGGACAACUCAGAGUCAGUGAUAUGGGUCGACAUCUUUGAUCCUAUCAACGGUCCUUCCUUUAAACCAAGCCCCCUGAAGCCUAUACCGUUGUUUAUGCAACGGCCACCGAGUCCAACCAUCCACCAGCGCCAGCGCAGGUCAACUGCUGCUGAUACAUACCUCCAGCCUCCUCACGAUCUGAGAAAACAGCAUUCUGCUCCUUGUUCAGUCUGUCCCUCGGAGUCGCCUGUGAGAAGUCGAUCACCAGAACAUCGUCCUCCGCGUCAACCAUCACCAACUUUACCUAAAACCCCACCCUCUUCGCCGACUCGCAGCCACAACUCUCAAAAGAUUCCAGAGAACGACUUCCUCGACAUGAAUGAUGGGCUUGAAGUGCGGCACAAACAAGCUGUUAGCUGGGUCAGCGUUGAGCCCUUGAAACGACCAUCGUCUCGACUCGCUCCGUCACGUCGCGCAGAGGCCAAUCGAUCAGAGGCAGAGUCAUCGGCAUACAGAACACCCCCAGAGUAUCCAGAUCAGGUAUUGCGGACGCCGUAUCCGCUUCCAUUGUCAAACAUCAAGACGGCUAGCCCCUUGCCCGCGCAGCUCACGUCGCACUCGCAACGAACUGUGCAUGCUACUCCGCAAUCAUCAGAGUAUCUCGACCGUUACCAGCCCGCGACGACGAGAUCAACGCAGAACCGGGAGGUGAGAAGACUGAGGAGGAUAGAUGCAAGUGUGAGUGAGGAGGGCAUCGCGAGGACGAAGGCGGGACAAUCUGAGGGAGGAGAAUGGGGGAGCAAAGUUGGGUCUGAGUUGAGACGGUUCUUUACAGGACGAUAG